AUGGCUUCACUUCCUAAAAGAAUCAUCAAAGAGACGGAGCGGUUGGUAAGCGAUCCAGUGCCUGGAAUCACAGCAACGCCGCACGACGACAAUCUUCGCUACUUCCAAGUCACGAUAGAGGGUCCAGAGCAGUCACCGUACGAAAACGGAGUGUUUGCACUAGAACUAUUUCUUCCAGAUGACUACCCUAUGGAGGCCCCCAAAGUGCGGUUUUUGACCAAAAUUUACCAUCCGAAUAUCGACCGGCUGGGCCGGAUCUGUUUGGACGUGUUAAAGACCAACUGGUCGCCCGCAUUGCAGAUUCGCACCGUUCUGCUGUCUGUGCAAGCGCUGCUUGCCAGCCCCAACCCUAACGAUCCGUUGGCGAACGAUGUGGCUGAAGAUUGGCUCCAGCAUGAGGACGCCGCCAUUGCCAAGGCUCGGGAGUGGACCAAGCUGUAUGCGUCAAGGAAUUGA